CUCAUAAGGCUUAGGAUUUCUUGUUUGGGUUUCGUCCCCGCAAGUGGAGUCUUAAAACCUCCUUAGGAAGUGAGUUUUUGUUGUAUGGAACUUGAGUUGACCUCUUGUUUUUGUUGAGAAAGGAAGUUGCUACCGUUUUAAACUCUGUAACAAUAUGUUGUUGACAAGAAAGAGACUAUUUAUUGGCCUGGGAGCCUUUUUCUUGUUAGGAGCUUUGGCUGGAGCUGCCUACUGGAUGACCAUCAGUUGGAUAAAAAUAAGGGAUUCCACUCAAUAUUGGACGGAAACGUCUUGUACCGUGUUGAAUACAUCUAUCGAACAAAGUGGUACACUCUAUAGACCGGUUGUUGAAGUUAAUAUAUCCGGAAAUAUAGAGUAUGCUUAUCAAACGAAAAGCGCUUCAUUUUUAGACACUAAGCAAGAAGCUCAGUCGUAUAUUUCCCAAUUUUCGAUUGGAUCUUCGUAUAACUGCUAUUUCAACCCUGCUAAUAUCUCGCAAGUCGUAACUGAACAGGAAGGUAUUCCAGCAGUGGAUACUGCAGGAGCAGCUAUUGGAACUGCAUUGGUUGUAAUUAUUCUUAUGACUUUUGGUUUUGGUUUGUGUUACUUGGAUAAGAGGAGGAUCUUGCCCAACCAUCCCAAUUUGUUUAUGUAUACUAUGGAUGCAGACCGUGCAAUGAAUCGAGGUAUUGAUAGUGAGAAUGGGGCAUCGCAUCCACUUCGGAGACCUAACAAUCCAGCUUUUACUCUUUCAAAACAACAGAUCGAAUAUGUAUGCAAUCUGUGUCAGUUCUCUCCAGAUUUGCUUGUUUCACAAGCAGUAUGUGCUAUUUGUUUAGAGGAAUUGUGUUCUAGUCGUUCCACCAAUAGUUUUGUCGAAUGUGAAGAGGAGAAAAGUAGACAGAAGGGAUUAUUGAAACUUAAUUGCGGUCACGUAUAUCACACAGCCUGUAUGCAGCGGUGGAUGAUUCGUGGAGGUAUCCACUGUCCUUUAUGUCACUGGAAUAUUUGGUCGCUUUUUGGAAAUGUAGACAAUUCUCAACAAGAGACAACAAACAACUGAAACUGGAAAGAAUUUGGGUUUCCUAUGUGUUAUAUUUGCAGAAGAUAAGUCAUGGCAAAGCUGCUUGAAUAGCGAAGAGGGAAU